CCAUUGAAUGCAGAGUUUUCUGUCUUAGAGUCAGAUAUUGUUGACAAUAAGAGCGGUGAAGAGGUUUCGGACAAUGAUUUGAUAGUUUCGCCGGUCUUUCGCGGAAAUGUAUUAUUUCCUCACAAAUGCAUUAACUGUCCGAAUGUAACGAUCGAUUCUUCGGCCAUCAAUGGUAUCAAUAGUACAGAUGAUUGCGACAGAAGUGAUGACUCGGCCGAAGAACUAAGCGGUCGAAUAAGACUCGUUAACGACGACAAUAAUUACUACACUUUAUGUUUGAUUAGUUUGGACUCACAAUUGGGCGAAGAGUCAAAUGUGUGUCAUUGGAUGGCAACUAAUAUUCACAACAAAAAUAAAGUGACAAAUUAUGAGACAAUUAUUAAAUAUUUACCGGUUUAUGGUAUCAGAGGAUUAGGUUAUCAACGAUUCGUUUUUCUCUUAUAUAAACACAAAAAUGCGUUAAAUUUGCAAAAUGUCGAUGACUUUGAUCUGAAGAAGAGAGGAUUCAAUGCCUAUGACUUCAUGUCAUCGCAUGGAAGCGACAACACUGUCACACCAGUAGGCCUUUCCUGGUUUCAGACCACUUGGGACUAUAGCUCACAGAAAAUAUGUUACGAUUAUUUAGAAAUGAUUUCAAAUGAUUAUAAACUGUUUUUAUACAUGGAUUGCGAAGACAUGAGAGCUCCCAAUUACGAAUGGAGUCCUCCCAAAGAGAAGCGUUACAAUCAGUUGCAAUUCCCGGGCAGAGCGCCAUUCAAUAUAUAUUUGGACGCCUUUCGCGAUCCCAAAGAUAUAUCCAAAGAGGUAUUGUUGGAGCGCUUGUCGUCAGUCAACCCUUACGACUACGGGAAAGAGUUUGACAAAACGCCUACAUAUCCACACAUACAUCCCAUUCCUGUGGGAACUCCCGAUUGGCUGAAGGGACCCAUAAAGAAACGGCGCUCUAAAGUGGGCGCUUUCCGCGGUCUCAGACCGCACUCGGCUAUCGAGCCGUUUGAUAACAACGCCGAUUUGGAUCGACCGAAAUGGCCGCGUCUUCACCCAUCGGUGCACCCCUUGAAUAUGCCUCUGCCGUAUCCGGACGGCCACCGGAGGCCCACACCGUUGCGCGACUCCAAAUGGGUGAAACCCCCUCACGAACACCCGACUUAUCGCAUCGACUUUCCCCUCAACUUAGAGAAGGACGACAAACAAAAGCUCAAAGAAUCAGAA